CUGUCCCUCGGCGCGGCCCGUCCGGGUCACGUGGCGCACCUGGCCCAGGUGAGGCGGGGCCGGACGCGCUCCCGGCUCGCAGGAAAUCCCGCCCUCUGAACCAUGAAGACCUUAGACCCUGGCUAACUCUGAGUCCUGCAAACCCUUUGUGGAUCCUUCCUGGCUCCUGUGGAGCAGAUGCUGAGGCUCUCCAGAGGGAUCUUCUCCAGUCACUCACGGCGCCCGCGUGAGAGCAGAGGAAGCUCCCAACCAUCGUGUGCCCGAGUGCCGAGCCAUGCUGGGCCGGAGGAGCCGACUGCCCCCCGAGCUGAGCAGCCCCCGGCAGCGGGAGCAGCCCUGCCAGGAGGCCGUGCCCCUGCGGGCACGGGCGGCCAGGGACACGGAUGUCAGCCUGGAGGUGUUCAGCGGCUCCACGCCCGAGAUCAAAGCGAGCCGCAGCAGAGCCCAGCAGAUGCGGGACAGGAAGGGGCGCAAGGCCGAGCUCAAGGACUCCAACGGCCGAGAGGCAGAGACCAUCACCUUCAUCUCUGGGACAGCAGAGGCUCCCCCGAGCCAGAGCUUUUGCUGCUCCUCCCUGUCUCAGGCCUGGAACACGUACAAGGCCGUUUUCUGUUGCAUAGUGACGUGUGGGAGCUGCUUCCAGGACUGCAGUGUCUGCAUUCCCUAUCCAGGGCCUGCUGAGACUUCCACGGAUGAUGGGAAGAACGGAGACUACAACGGGCGGCUGCCAAACAGCCCCACCAACACCUCUCCUGCUGAGAAGAACGGGAACCAGAUCAAAAAGUCCAGCAUGGGCAGCAGUUUCAGUUACCCAGAUGUGAAGCUGAAGGGCAUCCCUGUCUAUCCAAACAGGAACCCCAACCACCACCUGGAAUCAGAUUCGUGCUGCAAGGAGCUGCUGGAGAAGCCCUUCAGGAACAGCAUAGAAAAGCCACCGCUCCCCAGCAGCCACCGGAGCUCGGAGGAGUAUUAUUCCUUCCACGAGUCCGACGUGGACAUCAGUGAGCUGAACGGCUCCAUGUCCAGCAGGCAGAUCGACGUCCUGAUCUUCAAGAAGCUCACGGAGCUGUUCAGUGUCCACCAGAUCGACGAGCUGGCCAAGUGCACCUCGGACACCGUCUUCCUGGAGAAGACCAACAAGAUCUCGGACCUCAUCAACAGCAUAACUCAGGACUACAACCUGGAUGAGCAGGAUGCCGAGUGCAGGCUGGUCCGAGGCAUCAUCCGCAUCAGCACCCGGAAAAGCAGGGUCCGGCCCCACAUUUCCAUCCCGGCCAGCCAGAGCCACGAGGAGAAGUCCAGCCGGGGCAACGCGCCGGACAGCGGGAAUGAGACGAUGCUGGAGUCCAUGGUCAUCAGCCAGGACGAGCUGGCCGUGCAGAUAUCGGAGGAGACGCCGGCGGAUGUGAUGGCCAGGAACAUGAGGCGGCACAGCAGCGCAGGCUGUCCAACCAGCAGAGAUUCCUCUUUCCAAGACACAGAGACUGACUCGUCUGGGGCACCUCUGCUGCAGGUGUAUUGCUAAAGGACCCGAGCAGCAGGGAGGCAUUCCAGGGCUUUGCUGCACUCACAGUUCUCCUCUUUCCAUAUGGAGUGGGGCUGUGCCACGUUUGGUUUUUUUUUUUCCCAAUCUACCCUGAUCCUUAUUGAGGCCAGAUUCCUUCUGCUGUCUGAAUUUCACUGGAUAUUUUUGGUUUUUUUGGACAAUCAAGGAAGCAAACUGCAGAGCUAAUGAACUUGGGAGGAGGAAUGUGUGCCCAGGGAGGAGAAGAUGGACAAGGAAGUAGCAGAUAACUUGUGCCUGUGAUUUCUGUAAAUCACAUUUAGCUCCAGCAGCCUCAGUGGCUCAGCCCUUUCCCUGCUUUGAGGAUCUGUUGUACAGUUCUUGCUUCCUGGCAUUGCCUGAGUGAACUUUGAUAGGGAAUAACUACAGGGUGUCUCUGUGCUGGUGCUGAUGUUGAGCUGCAGGCUGAGAUCCUGCUCUCUAGGGACCCAAAUCUCUCUGUAGGGACCCAAAUCUAUUUAAAGUGCCUGUGUUGGUCCCACAAACCCAAAGUCUUCUGCCCAUGCUGUUUUGAGUAGCCAGAUCUGCCUUUCCCUGCUGACCCUUGGUGUCAUCUCCUGCUGCCUCGUGAGGAGAAGGUUCAGGUUUAUAGAGUUAAUUUCAUUUUAGGCCUCUUGGCUCAUCUCCUGAGUCAGUGCCAGUGCUGGGGGUGGGAUGGCUGCUCAGCUGCCCCCUCCAUGAGCAGACCCUGGGGAUCAGUUCUGCCAGCCUGAAGUGAACCCUGGGGGUGAGGCAUUCCCAGGAGCACACACUGGGACUUGCCUGCCAGCAGUUCUUCCUCACUCCUCUGCCAAGCCCUCCACGUUUCUCCUGGGAGAGCCUGGAACUGGGACUGUGGCAGGUGAGGAGAAUACUUGAUUCACCCCUAACUUCUUGUGGUUCAGAACUGGGCUGCUUGCCUGUUCUGCUAGAAAAUCCCCUAAAAGUGGUUUGCUUGGAAAGGAAAGGCUCCUGCGAGUGUCUCCAGAGGGUUUGUGAGGCACUGCUGGUCCUUUCCUUUCCCUGUGGGCACUCAGCACCUUGUCCUUCCCUUUGCUCCUCUCCAGCAGGCAGUGGAGACCAGGAGAUGGGGCACUGCUGUCCUGAGGGCACAGUGCCAGGUGACCUUGAGGGCUGCAGCAGGAGGAAGGUGAAUCUGUGGUGUUGCCACUUGGUUGUUUAUCACAAAGUAAACAUGUCAAGCCAUGGGACUUGUUUGGAGAUUUGGGUGCCCUUGGACAUGAGUAGGAAAUGCUUCACUGAUUUUACCAGCCAUAGGAUAAACACACCCACUGGAUUUUGGGGAGAGGGGAACCCAGACAGGCCCCGGGCUUUGGUGUGGACCAUGGUUUUGUGCCUUAGUUGAACUGAAAUGUGCCUUAGUUGAACUGAAAUGUGCCUGUAUUUUAUAGCCUGUGAUUGCUCUUCAGAGGUUUGGGCAGGGAGGAAGGAUUUAAUUCCUCUCAUGAGCUCUCAGGCUUCUUUAAAAGGCCAAAGCCCUUUGAAAUGGACAGUUUUGGUCCCUGUUAGAGCCUGUUUUUGUAAACCACUGCCUCUUUUCAGAGCGUGCUUCUGGAAAUCAGGGGCAUUACUGCAACCACACCUGGAGACACUGACAGAGAGAGAUAUUUCGAAGAUAAAGGGAAGAGACUGAGCCUGGGAUUUGGCUUCCCCUCCCUGCUUUGUGUUUAAAGCUGUUGGUUUAUGAGAAAUCGAGUUUAUACAAGGAAACGACUUGAAGCAAGGCCAGGCUGGGACUCCCAGGGGAGCUGUGUGAGGUCACCUCCUUCCAAAUGCUCCCCAUCCUGAGGGACCCGCUUGGCUUCUGCUUCUCACGGGGUUUGUACAUUGUUGUUUGGACAAGUGUCCUCCAAGCUGUGCACUGAGGUGUCACACGGGUCACGCUGACACAGCUCUGUGGGCUGUGCUCUGGAGACGAGGGGUGAGCUGGGCUUACAACGAGCUGCAGUCACUGGUACAGAGCAAAUGCACAUUUUUAGUGUCUAGUCUGGGUAUGGAGAGUGAGCGUGUGCGGAUUAAACUAGCAAAAAAAAACCCCCAGGCCCCCCAAAAACUCACUAAGAGGAAGACUGUCGACUCGAUGGUCCCUGAAGCUGGUUCACCUGUGAUGUCUUAUGGGAUUCUUUUGCACUCAUCGGCCUUAAAUGUUCUGGUUUGGUCUUUUUUAUAAAGUAAAAGUUGUGCUCUUUA